GUGAUUCAAAAUAUAACAAAUGAAGUGAUAGCUUUUCCGAAUAAAGAAGAUUUGUCUGGAGCCGCUGCAGCCUUAAUCCGACUCCAAGAAAUUUAUCUACUAGACGCUGCUACACUUGCUGGAGGACACAUAAAAGGAACAAUUCCAUCCAGUAAUCUUACAGCUGGAGACUGCUUUGAGCUCGGGAAACACGCCUAUUCACAGGCAAAUUGGAACCGUUCUAUCCUGUGGAUGGAAGAAUCAUUGCUGCGGCUGGAAUUGGAAGAGAACCUUCAACCGAUAAAAACUGCCGAUAAAGCUGACAUUUAUGAAUACAUGGCUUUUUCGCAUUUUUCUUUAGACAACAUCAAUGCUGCUGCCGAGUUUACAGAAAAGUUAAUCCAGGUCG